AUGGGGAUGCUGGUGCCCAUUGCACCGUCUGCAUGGCUACUGAGCUUAGUGGAGCAGCAGCUGGGCUCCCUCUGGGGGAGGUUGGCUGCCCUGCUCUUCUGGCUAAAAGCAGCGUUCUGGUGGCCAGGUGCUGACAGGGUACAGAGGCAGGUCAGAGGAGACACUGAAGAGACCCAGAAGGAAGCAGGAGAGAAAAGUGUUCUGCACACAACUCCAAUCAGCAUUAACUAUCACUUCACUCGCCAGUGCAACUACAAGUGUGGCUUCUGCUUCCACACAGCCAAGACAUCCUUUGUGCUGCCCCUCGAGGAAGCCAAGCGUGGACUGCUUCUGCUUAAGGAGGCUGGUAUGGAGAAGAUCAACUUUUCAGGUGGAGAGCCCUUUCUACAGGACCGUGGUGAAUACUUGGGCAAGCUUGUGAGGUUCUGCAAAGAGGAGCUGGGCCUGCCCAGUGUGAGCAUUGUGAGCAAUGGAAGCCUGAUCCGAGAGAGAUGGUUCAGAGACUAUGGUGAAUACUUGGACAUUCUCGCCAUCUCCUGUGAUAGCUUUGAUGAGCACAUCAACGUUCUUAUUGGCCGUGGUCAAGGGAAGAAGAACCAUGUGGAAAAUCUCCAGAAACUGAGGGCGUGGUGUAGGGAUUACAGAGUGGCUUUCAAAAUUAAUUCUGUCAUCAAUCGAUUUAAUGUGGAGGAGGACAUGAAUGAACAGAUUAAAGUACUAAACCCUGUUCGCUGGAAAGUCUUCCAGUGCCUCCUAAUUGAGGGUGAGAACUGUGGUGAAGAUGCUCUGAGAGAAGCAGAAAGAUUUGUUAUAAGUGAUAAGGAGUUUGAAGCAUUCUUAGAGCGCCACAAGGGAGUGUCCUGUAUGGUGCCUGAAUCAAACCAGAAGAUGAAAGACUCCUAUCUUAUUCUUGAUGAAUAUAUGCGUUUUCUGAACUGCAGAGAUGGGCGUAAGGAUCCUUCCAGAUCCAUCCUGGAUGUUGGAGUGGAAGAAGCAAUAAAAUUCAGUGGGUUUGAUGAAAAGAUGUUUCUAAUGCGCGGAGGGAAGUACGUGUGGAGCAAAGCUAACCUGAAGCUGGACUGGUAA